UCAGGAACUUGAAGUGGAGAAACGAGCAAGCGAGCGAUCACUCCAGUGAUUGCUCGUUCAUCGGAUGUGGUCGGCAGCUGAUGCAAGCUAAGUGUAAGAUUAGCGUUAAGGACUGAGCAGCUUACUUGUAUAUUCCCUCUUCUAGCUGUUAACGACGAACAAGUACAGGCGUGUUUGUAGGCGUUAUAGGGAUGACAAGAAGAGUCUGGUUAGGUAAAGCGAUGACUAGCAGUUAGCAAGGAACAUGUUGAAAGUGUAUGGGCGCAUAUGCGGAAGGUACAGGUGGUGACGAAGAGUCCGUUGAGGGUUUAGGCAACGAAGUAUUGAUGUAUGUAUAGCAUUUAGUACAGUACAUAGCAUUUUGCCAAGGAGGUAACUGUAAGAUUUUGGAAGCUGACGGGCGAUUGAUUGUUUAUCGGCGCGUAGAAAGAUGCAGAAGGCGAGCAAGAAGGCUAAGCAGCUAACCCGUAAAUCACUAUUCUCAGGUCAGCUGCAUGUGCACUCCACAUAUUAUAUACAGCCCCUCGUUUGUUGUCCUCUUCUCUCUCUCUGCCUACGGUUUACCGGGCAGUUCUGUUUGUGACGAUAUAUACUUAUAUAUAUAUAUACAUAUACAUACUAGACUCUGAAGAACAAGUUUCCAUGUUCUAUAUUUCCAAUUUUCCAAUCCUUUUGUCAAGUUUUGUGUAUUACGUCUCUUAGCCAUCAGAAGGUACGACUUUGAAGUUUGAAUCCUUAGCGAUGAUUUCAUCACACUCGCUUUGAAAUCGGACCGAAGUCAGGGUACUUGUAGUAGCUUCCUUAUUGUAACUGGGCUUUGUUUGAAACUGCUGAACACUUUUAUGAUUUAUCGUCUCGAAUGAUCUUUUUACUGGAAGUCGGAGGAGACUGGGAAGGUCACUGCAUCAUUUUGUCAUUGUUUAAUAAUCAUUUAAGGAGGUUAUGUCGAAGGACUUGGUUGGAGCCAAGAUGUGUCAUGGGACUCGAACGCCAUCGCUUAGAGUCAUUGGCCUGGCUUAUCGCCGUUAUCGAUGGCAGGUCGUGUCAUGGGACUCGAACGCCAUCAAUUAGAGUCAUUGGCCUGGCUUAUCACUGUUAUCGAUGGCAGGUUGACCAGGUUAAGUAGCGGUGGUGGGGUUGCGUGUUGUCCGAGCGAAGUUUGUUGAUUGCCAUGUCUGUGGUGUGGUGUUGUCUGUUUGUGGUGCGAGUUCAAGGACGCUACAGCCCUGGGGGUGGGCGCUGGAUAUCACGAUGGGUAUGGAUCCAUUUUUUAUAACACCUCCAUGUAGUGGUUACGAGACUCCGUUCUUGAGGCUGAGGGUGUCGGUUCAAGGCCGUGCCGCGGACGCUACAGCCCUGGGGGUGGGCGCUGGAUAUCACGAUGGGUAUGGAUCCAUUUUUUACAACACCUCCAAGGGUUGUAGUGGUUACGAGACUUCGUUCUUGAGGCUGAGGGUGUCGGUUCAAGGCCGUGCGUGCGCGGCGCGGCCUGAUGCCGUAAACGCACGUUGUUCAGUAACUACGGGCUUAUCGAUGGCAGGUUGAGAACAGCGGCUUUUGAGAGCACAUCACCCGUAGGCAUGCAGGGUUCGCUGUGGCUUGGAGGUGAGCGAGGAAGGGACUUUAGGUAGUGUGGGGACCACCUGAUGCGAGCGGAUUCACUGGUCAAGGUGCCUUGGAGGUGAGUGAGGAAGGGACUUUAGGUAGUGUGGGGACCACCAGAUGCGAGCGGAUUCACUGGUCAAGGUGCCUUGGAGGUGAGUGAGGAAGGGACUUUAGGUAGUGUGGGGAAUAUGGCCUCGUAAGAUUGACUUGGAGAGCCGUAUGCGGUGAAAGUUGCAUGUACGGUUUGGAAGUGUUUGUUCUUCGAAAGGGGCUGGUGUCGACGAGAGCAAGUGUUCAAUGAGAAGCUCGGCGCGACGCAAGGUUCAAACUUGCGUCGGUUUUUUUGCGGAGGAAGGUUGAUGCCGACGAGAGCAUUGCGAUGGGGGCAGAUUUGGACGAUGCAAGCUUCGAAUUGUGCUUCAGUGGACGUUGACCCCAGCAGCAGUGUCACCCAAACCUCGCUUCAUUCAUCCUUCGCGAGAUUAUCGUUGUCUAGCAAGUAUGUUGGCCAUUCUUCAUGGCACCUGCUAUGCCAUAGUGUACAAAGCUAUUGUGCAUCAGUUUUUGUGUGCCCGGCAGCUAUGCGGGCCCCGGAAGGUAACAAGCAUUGCCGGAAAGCAGUCGAAAUGCAGAAAAACAGGGGCACAUGCUUGCACUGAUAGUGGCAUAUUACUUGCCAGGGAGGAGGGAAUGUGUUGUGGAUCGAAUCCAGUGGUGCGAGCCUCAAAGUCUUGAGACUCUUGACCCCAGACAUCAUGAGUGCACCGUCUGUCCCCACUACGAAGCAGUCCGCUCGUUCUUAGCCCUGGAGGAGUGUCAGCAGACCUGUCUAGGGAAUCAGAUGAGCCUACCGUCAAGUUUAUUUUCUCCUGUUGCCUGAGUACACAUUCACACAAGGACUCGUUUCCACGGAAUCUGGCCAGAACUAUGCUCAGAUACAUCCAGGGAGGCUCGAGUGCGAGUAUGUCUUUCGGUUAUCUUUGCCCUUGUCCAUUGCGUUGUGCUGUGUCAGCAGCUGUUGCUGCAGUUGCUGGAGUGCUCAGUUGCACUGCCCUUUGUGUCAUGUGUUGUCCGGCUGUUAUCAGAUUUGGCUUUUGUGAAAUGACCGUGGAUGCAUUAAAAAACUUCAGGUUUUUUUUUUUUUUUUUUUUUUUUUGUGUGUGUGUGUGUGAGAGAGAGCAUUCUUAGUGUCUACUCUGGCUCUUUUUUGUGAAAGGGGGUCACCCCUAGCUUGAUUGCAUUCGUCUGAAUUCGCAAGAAUUUGAUCUCACGAUCUGUGUGACCACAUAUCAUGGUUGCAGGUGUGUGCCAGUCACCCAGAUGAGCUCGACGAUAGUGUCUGUGCGUUCUAUCCGUUGCAUGACACGCGUUUUUUUUUUGUUCUUCUUCUUUUUUCUUUUUUUUUGUCUUUGCCAACAAGGAUUUGGUCAUGGGGUAACCCCAAGUAGCCUUAUUGUUGUAUUGAUCUGAAAUUUCUGAAUGCAUCAAGAUGAUCUCUGUAACGACAGAUCAUUAGAUAUUUUGUUUAAAUACUAAAUAGACAGUUACGCGUGUCCGUUGAUAACUCAAAUAUACAACGUAGUCCGAGGUUUCCUUUCGCAGAAGAACCGCAUUGUAUGAGCAUGCGCAUCAUGCUUCAGACCACCUCCUCACUUUACUGGUCAGUGUGCAUAGGAGGGGCGAGCAACAGAUCAUGAGUGGUGUUGUUAACAAUAGACAGUAUUGUGUGUGUUAUCACGCAGCCGGAUGGUCUCAGAAGUGUCUAAUAUGCUUUCACACUGUCUUGUGUAAGUUGUGUGACAUUUUCUGUCUGAGUAAAGCUGUUCUCUGUGU